AUGAUUGUUACUGACUUGCAACCAGUAUCAAUGGUUGAGGAUGCACGUUUCCAUCAUUUUAUGAAGGUGGUUGAUCCCCGAUACAAUAUUCCGGGUAGGAAAUCCUUGAUCUCUAGUGAAAUUCCAAAGCUCUACGAGCAAGUCAAAACCAAACUGAAAGACUCCAUAGAAUCUGCAAGUAGUGUGGUUUUUUACAACAAAAACAAGCUGUUACUACAGCACUUUGUCUUCUUGGGAGAAACACCAUGCUUGAGUGAUGAUGAAUGGUCCUGUAUCAGCCAAGCCAUUGAAGCCCUCAGGCCCUUUGAACAGGCCACUAAGGAAGUUUCAGCAGAGCAGUAUGUAACUAUUUCAAAAGUCAUACCUCUGGUCUCUCUACUCCAAAAUGCAGCCAUGUUGGCCGGGCAGAAGGGUAACACUUUGGCUUUACAGCUUGCAGCGCAGUGCAAACGGCGCUUUGAAAACAUUGAGCAUAACUUUACUCUGGCUGCCAUGCCACCAGAGUCACCUGCUGCAAACAAUGAAAGGAUAGGUGCCGAAUGUUCUACAUGCGAAGGGGGACUAUGGCAGGAUUUUGACACACGUAUAGUGGCUUUUCAGGGAAACCGCACAACCACUACAGACGCAUACAUUGAAAUGCGCAGAUACAUGGAAGAAAAGGUGAUCCCAAGAAGUGAAGACCCUUUGGCUAUGGUGAAAAGAAAUGAGAACACAUUUUCACUGCUCAGCAAACUGGCAAAAAAAUACCUUGGAAUUGUCGCAACCUCUGUUCCAGCAGAGAGGCUUUUUUCAAAGGCAGGAGAGACAAUUAGUCAGAGGCGAAAUCGUCUGAAACCAAAAAAUGUUAACAUGUUGCUUUUCUUAAACUCUAAUCUACAACUCAAAGAUUAG